AACUAAAUUGAACGCGUGAGCGCAAUAAUACGCGCACUCUGUCAGAUAUUCCGCGUUCAGCAUCCUGGAGGACCCGUAUCAGUGAGAACGUGCAGGUGCACAGAUCAGAGCAAGCGGAAGUGACGUGGGCGCUCACGUUAAACCGUCGGGAUUAGAUCGGAGCAGCUCAGCCGCGUUAAACGGUGUGAAGAGAAGAGGAGGUACUUUGCGGUCGGCGGUAGAAGCAUCUCGGGAAAUGAGCGUCAGCUUCUCUGGAGGUGUGUCAUAAACCCCAACAGAAUUCAUCUGUAAAGCCUCGCCACUCAUUUCCCGUCGGGUGAGGAGGGCAUCUGCCCAUGCACACGCACAGCACCAUGGGAAGCUCCCCGGAGGUGCUGUCCUGGACGUCCUGUAGCAGCCUGCUGGUGGGGAAGCUGAAGGAGGAGCUGAAGCUCACGGUCGUCGGUGACUCCUUGAAGAAAACCAACAGUAACGUUUCUCCUCAAGCGCUGCUUCCGCCAGCACCACCUCCACCGCAGAUCAUCGCAGACCUGGCUCCUCCCUCCACCCUUCCCAUGCCGCUGCAACAGCUGCAGCUCCCCUGCAGGGACGCUGAGCCGGGUGGCACCAGCCCUCCAUGCACGGCCCUCAGCGAGGACUCGACGCGGGAGCAGGGACACUUCGACAACAGCGUGCUGCAGCUGCAGGAGCAUGAGGAGGCCGAGACGCCGGGGUCCUGCGGUCAGGGAGGCUGCGGAAGCGGCGGGGAGGAGAAAAACGAGGAGGGCGGGUGUCCGAUGGACCACAGCGGGGACGACACGCACCACCAUCCACAUGAUGACAUCAAACUGCACUUUCAUAGAGCCGGGACGGGAAGCGGCGGAUUCCUAGAGGGGCUGUUCGGAUGUUUGAGACCCGUGUGGAAUAUUAUCGGGAAAACAUACUCGACUGAGUACAAACUUCAGCAGCAAGACAUGUGGGAGGUGCCGUUUGAGGAGAUCUCUGAGCUGCAGUGGCUAGGCAGCGGAGCUCAGGGCGCCGUGUUCCUCGGAAAGUUCUGCUCCGAAGAGGUCGCCAUCAAGAAAGUCCGAGAGCAGAAGGAGACGGAUAUCAAACACCUGCGGAAGCUGAAGCACCCCAACAUCAUCAGCUUCAAGGGUGUUUGCACGCAGGCCCCGUGUUACUGCAUCAUCAUGGAGUAUUGUGCUCAAGGGCAGCUGUAUGAGGUUCUCAGGGCCGGUCGUAAGAUCACGCCACAGCUGCUGGUGGACUGGGCCUCAGGGAUCGCCAGCGGCAUGAACUACCUGCACCUCCACAAGAUCAUCCACAGAGACCUCAAAUCACCAAAUGUGCUAGUCACUCAAAAUGACAACGUGAAGAUCUCAGACUUUGGAACAUCUAAAGAGCUCAGUGACAAGAGUAUGAAGAUGUCAUUUGCCGGUACGGUGGCCUGGAUGGCUCCCGAAGUGAUCCGGAAUGAGCCGGUGUCGGAGAAAGUAGAUAUUUGGUCAUUCGGGGUGGUGUUAUGGGAGCUGCUGACUGGUGAGAUCCCCUAUAAGGACGUGGACUCGUCUGCCAUCAUCUGGGGUGUGGGGAGUAACAGCCUCCAUCUGCCUGUGCCGUCCACCUGUCCCGACGGCUUCAAGAUCCUCAUGAAACAGACCUGGCAAGGUAAACCCAGAAACCGGCCGUCCUUCAGACAGAUCCUUCUCCAUCUGGAUAUCGCCUCGGCGGAUGUGCUCGGGACGCCACAGGAGACCUACUUCAAAUCUCAGACGGAAUGGAGAGAGGAGGUGAAGAAGCAUUUCGAGAAGAUCAAGAGCGAAGGCACCUGCAUCCAUCGACUGGACGAGGAGCUGAUUCGCCGCAGAAGAGACGAGCUCAGACACGCUCUGGAUAUCCGAGAGCAUUACGAGAGGAAACUGGAGCGAGCCAAUAACCUGUACAUGGAGCUCAGCGCUAUCAUGCUGCAGCUGGAGGUGCGAGAGAAAGAGCUGCUCAAGAGGGAGCAGGCCGUGGAGAAGAAGCAUCCCGGCACGUACAAACGCCAUCUGGUUCGGCCCAUUGUGCGGCCCAACGCUGUUGAGAAGCUCAUUAAGAAGAAGAGCAGCAUGAACCAUAAGCCCGGGACACAACAGCCAAAGAGACCGGAUCUGCUGCGCUCUGACGGCAUUCCCAGCGUCGAGCCUCUUCCGGCUCCGUCCCCGUUGUCAGGAAGCCCAAAAGUGUCCACCCCGCCUGGGAAAGCCCGGUACCGCAGUAAACCCCGCCACCGGAGGGCCAACAGCAAAGGGAGUCACAGUGAGUUCCCAGGGGCCCUCAAACUCAAUUCAGGGCCGUCGGAGGAGCAACAGCCCCUACAGGAGCAAAGCUACCUCCACCAUCAUCACCCUCCGCCCGAGGGCCCGCUGUUACCGGUGCAGAACCGCGAAAACGCCGUAGCCACCUGCGCCAACAACCUGCGCUACUUCGGCCCAGCCGCUGCCCUCCGCAGCCCGCAGACCGACCACCUGCAGCGGAGGCUGUCUGGCUCCAGUCCUGACCUCAUUUCCACCGCUGUGGACGCCGCUUCACGCCACCGCAGGUCCUCCAUACCUCCCUCCGCGGGCUCCGGUCCGGGGCCGCUGUGUCCCUGCUGCCAGGCGCAUCCGUUCCCCGGCUGCAUGCACUGCCAGGAGACGCCAGCCGCUCCCAGCCACCCCAAGCUCCCUCAUUACUCACUGCUGAGCACGAGCGAAGGGACGCCACCCGCAGUCAAAAGAGCCACAGGAGAGCAGCUGGAGCAGAGAUCCCCGAGAGGAAGCUCAUCCAGCGGCCUGCUGCACUCGCUCAGACCCCUGAGAAACGGGAGAGACGAGUCUUCUGAGGAAGAGGAAGGAGAGGUUGACAGUGAGGUGGAGUUUCCACGCAGACAGCGAAACAAACGGGGAAACACCAGCGAUCACUCGCACAGCGGCCCGCUGGAGCAGCUCAGCGCCAGUCAGGAGGAGCAUCUGGACGAGCUCCUGUCCCACACGCCUGAGAUCCCCAUCGACAUCUCCACACAGUCCGACGGCCUGUCCGAUAAAGAGUGCGCCGUCCGCCGGGUCAAGACCCAGAUCUCUCUGGGCAAACUGUGUGCUGAUGAGCACAGCUACGAGAAUCCGCUGCAUUUCGGAGAUUCCGACUGUGACACGUCGGAUGCGGAAUGCUCCGACGCCACCAUCAGGAACAAACAGCCCUGCGCACCUUCAUCCUGGUGAACUCCAGCCUUCGGAGGAAACACGGCAAUAAUCCACGCCUGACCCGUCUGAUCAGCCCUUCCCAUAAUCCCCCUCUCUCUCUCUCUCUCUCUCUGAGCAUCUCAGGCAGAUUCCUCUGAAGUGAUAAUGUAGCUAGAGUAACAUGCAUAACUUAUUUUAUUACGAGCCGGAGGAAACGCAAAACGAAAUCAGGAACUCAGACUUACUCAGAGUAUUAAUGCGCUGAAGUGAUCAAGGCAACUCGAUUCCAGUUAGCUAGUUAGAAGAUUAUUGAAGUCUGCAAGAAUGUGUGUAUAUAUAUGUCCGCAGGUACAUGAGCGAAAGUGUUAAAGGGAUAGUU